AGAUCACAGACUAGCUCGGAGGGAAAAACUUACCAAACAAGUGCCUUCAGAGGUAAACAAGAGUGUUAAUGAGAUUCUUUGGACAACUAAUUGAAGAAAAACAUAACGUUUAAUUAAAUUGGCAGAUGCCUUAGAAGUGAUGAACAUUCGAAUAUCCUACAAAAUAGUUAAGAAUUGCUAACAUGAUAUUUAUAAGCAUAUGCUUAAGUUAAUUAACAUACUGAAUUUAUGAUGAAUUAGUUCUCCUAAGAUGAUAUAUCAACAAAGAGAAGAUUAAACGGGAUAUUAAAUGAUGUUAUUUUAACUAUAAAAGGAUUAUCAAAAGGCUUCAAUGUUGUUAGUACAAAAAUAAUUGACAGCCUCUCUUAGGAACGGAAAAUUAUUCACUUACAAUCGUUAGAAUGCAAAAUAUUUUAUAACAAACUCGACUUAAUGGUUGUUUACAAUCGAAAAUAGAUUUUGCACUCAAACAGAAACACAAUAUAAUCAUCAAGGGAGGCAAUGUCUUUCAAGUUGUAUUAAAACGACAUAUAGGCUGAGUAAUCUUGUGAAUAGUUUUCAGCAUUGUAGAACAAAUGGUGUAUUUAUAGAUAAAAGUAGUGGAUCAUGGAAUCUAGCUUUACUUACCGAGACUUGAUGACAGAGAAUCGUGACCUAAUUCAACUGAAUUUGACCAACAUCACUGAAGAUGUGGAAGAAAACAAUAUUCUAUAUGAAUACAACUUGAAAGAAUUUAAAUCAAAGUUACCGGCAAUACUUUACACAUCUAUUUUAAUGCUCAUUGGAACACCAGGGAACGCCAUUGUGUUGUAUGUUUAUUUCUUUAAAUGGAGGAAGAGUACAUCAAGGAUGUUUAUAUUGUUUUUAACCGCACUGGAUUUAAUCAAUUGUAUGACAACUUUACCAAUGGAAAUAUACAUAAUGAUAUAUUCAGUAAUUCUUGAUAAACCUUGGCUUUGUAAGGUGACGCGAUUUUCUACGUAUAUACUAAAUAGCUCGUCAGCGGCUAUUCUGGUAGCAAUUGCUUUUGACAGAUUUCGACGGAUCUGUCGACCUCAUGGACCUCAAUUUAGUGCUCAGAGGUCAAAAUACAUGUGCAUAGGCUGUAUAUUAAUUGCCUUGACAAUAACUUGGCCGUCUUUACUAUUUUAUGGAACAAGAACUAUUCCGUUAGGAAAUGUUAAUGGCAAAUCAUGUUUGUUAGAAAAUAGAUAUGACCGAUCAAUAUAUCCAACCAUAUUUUUCAUAUUACAGAUGGCAAGUACAGUUGCUAUAUUCACCACAUUAUCAGUUUUGUAUUAUUUUGUUGGAAUACAAGUAUGUAAACAUCGGAAGAUGCGAUUGAUACGAAAAGCUGAAAGUGCUGCUGCUAAGAGUAUGAUAGAAAAAGAAAAUUCAUCGCCAAGUAAAGAUGAAACUCUGAUGCAAGAAUCUGAUUCAACCGAAUUAAAGAAAUCACAGAUAAGACGGAAGUCUUUAAAAAAAACUAAAUCUGAUGGUAUAGAAUUAAAACAAUUGGAAGUCCCCCAGCUUAAUUUGAGUCAUUCAUUUAAUGAAAUUUCUGCUGCUGACACUGUUUCUACGUGUGACGGAAAAUGUGAGACUAUUGUAUCUGUUCCCAUCGAGCAACGGAACGGUGGCUCGAGCAAAGAGAGACCACGGACUAGUAAAAAGAAAUUUAAAAAGAGGAAAGGGACGUUGAAAGAUUCGUUAACGAAAAUGAACGGACAUUGUAUGCACAUGAAGAUACGUAUCGGACGGUCAACAUUAAUGUUGUUUCUUAUUACCUGUGCAUACAUAAUUAGUUUUCUACCGUUUUAUAUUAUUGCCAUUAUCCGCCAGACUUACUCGGAUUUCUUGAGCCAAUUAGAAGGCACUAGUUAUAUGACAUAUAACGUGUUUUUGAGAUCCUACCUUUUAUCUAGUGCUAUAAAUCCUAUAAUUUAUUCGUUUUGUAAUGCUCAAUUUCGAACAUUCUGUCUUGAUAUGUGCCGAAGAAAACAGAAUAGAAGAGUAACAUUGUAAAGUUUUUGUAGUAUGUACUUGUAAGUUUUGUCUUAAUAAAAUGCUCAGAUAUAUAAAGUAGUAUUUAGUUUGUAGCAUGAUCUUUUUCAUUAUUUUUUAAUAAAAUUUUAAUUUGCAAAAUUGUCAUUUAAAUAUCGUUGAAAAUUCACGUAUUAUAUAUUGCUUGUUUAAUUUCAAAAGUAUUUAAUAAAAUAUUUAGAAUAUUUGAUGCAAAUUGCUCAUUAACAUAACAAUAAAAAUAAAUUUCUACACAACAUUUUCAUAGUUAACAAAAUAGGAACUGGUUCAAUAACUUAUUAUCAGUCAUCAUGAAUAUUCAUGUAAUCAUUACUUAAUCAAACGUUU